AUGACAUUUUCAAGAAGUGAGAGCUGUGAGAAUAUAUGCAAAGAGAUUCAUGAAUAUUUGGGGGAUACAGUUUUUCUAAUUCAAAAUCUGGCUAGUCUAAGCCAAAGUGAAUGCAAGAAAAUCAGAGAAACGUACACAGAAAUUUAUGGGGAGGAUCUUGUUCAAAUUCUUGGAAACACAGCAAUGGCUAGCCAAGAAUCUUCAAGGACAUGUGCAGCCUUGUCCAGUUUGAUGCUUAAUCCAUAUGAACACGACGCUGUGGUGGCAAGAGAGGCGCUUGUUGAGCCAAUCAAUUAUAAAGCUCUAGUCGAAAUAUUUACAUGCCGAAAAUCAAGCCAUGUUCUUCUCAUACUUCAAGCUUAUCAAGCAAGAUUUAGGAGGCAAUUGGAUCAAGAUAUUGCAAGGAUUGAGCCUCCCAACCCAUAUCAGAAGAUAUUGAUGGCAUUGUCUGCAUCACACAAAGCACACAGUGCUGAUAUUAGCCAACAUAUUGCCAAGUGUGACGCAAAGAGACUUCAUCGAACAGGGGAGGGAAAAUCAGGAGCCAUUGAUCCAGCUGUAGUUACAGAGAUCCUCAGUAAAAGGAGCAUUGCACAGCACAAACUAACAUUUUCCACCUAUAACCAUAUUUAUGGGCACACUUAUACAAGUUUUCUGAAAAAUGAAGUCUUUGGAGAGUUUGAAGAUGCAGUGAGAAUGGUGACGAAAUUCAUAUGCAAUCCACCAAAACAGUAUGCCAAGACGUUGUAUACUUGCUUAAAGGGCACGACAACUGAUAAGGGUGCUUUGAUACGUGUUAUGGUGAGCCGGGCCGAGGUCGACUUGGACGAAAUUCAGAGGGUCUUCAAGAAGAAAUAUGGUAUGGAAUUGAAAAGUGCCAUAUAUGACAGUGUUCCGGCUGGGAAUCACAGAGACUUUCUUGUUGCAUUGGCCACAAAGGUCUUCCUAGAUUGA